CCCCAAAUUUAACAAAAAAAAAUCUAAAACCCCUAUUUCCUCUCAAAGGUCCGACCUUUGGGACUCUAAGGCCCCCUUGUUGCGCCGCCGCUCUGUUCGUCGCACGGCCACCGCCUCCGACGGCCGACGAACACUAGAUCGGCGAGGGAAACCCCGUCUCGGCCAUUUGAAGGCGGUGGAGCAGGUGGGUAGAGACGUGAUGGAGGCAUGGAAGGGACGGUGGCAGGUGCGCCAUUUGCGCUGACGGCGGCCGAAGUCAGAAGACCCUAGGUGCGGCGCACCUAGGGUUUGUUUUUGCUGUUCAUUUUUCUGAUUUUGUUGGGCUAGGGUUGUUAGGUUAUUUGGGUGUUGGGCCUGUUGGGUUUUAGGUUUGUUGUAAUGGGUAAAUUUGGGUAGAUUGGGCUGAAAUGGGUUAGGUCAAAAUGGGCCUGUACAACAAUCUUGUAAGAAUCGGGGAAGGAAUUGUUCAAAAAUGCAAAGGGGUUGCUUUGGCCGUGAAGACUUUAGGCAGCCUACUCUGUUCAACUAGGGUACAACAUGAUUGGGAACUUGUGAGAGAUAGUGAGCUAUGGAAGUUGAAACAGGAGGAAAAUGACAUCUUGCCUGCUCUAAAACUAAGUUAUGAUCAUUUGCCCUGGUAUUUAAAGCAAUGUUUCGCCUUUUGUUCAGUUUUUCCAAAAGAUUUUGAAUUCAAUCCUCUCUAUUUGAUCCCGUUGUGGAUGGCAAAUGGCUUUUUGCAAUCACCAUACGAAAAUGAAGAGCCAGAAGAUAUUGGGAAUCGGUAUAUACAAGAGUUACUAUCAAGAUCUUUCUUCCAACAAGUUGAAGAUAAGUUUUUAACUUUCACCUUCAAAAUGCAUGAUCUAGUACAUGAUCUUGCAUUAUCAGUAGUGCAAAAUGAGGUGAAUUCAUGUAACCAUUAUUCAACUGGGAAUGUUCGACAUUUAUUGUUUGAUCUUUUGAAGCAAGAUGGUUCCCAGUUGCCAAAUAACUUGAGCUGUCUGCAAUCACUUUUCUCAUUAGAUGAAGAAGGCAAGACUGAUAGCGAAUCUCUCAUUGGCAAAGUCAUCUCUAGGUCUAAACAUUUGAGGGUGCUACAUUUGUCUGGCUGCAGUUUUGAGCAUUUGCCAAAUAAUAUACGUUAUUUAAAGCAGUUGAGAUAUUUGAAUCUGGCCUACAAUGGAAAUAUAAAGAGACUUCCAAAUUCCAUUUGCAAUUUGCAGAGUUUGGAAGUACUUGACCUCGGUGGAUGUACGAGAAUUGAAGAGUUACCAAAAGACAUAAGGUACCUGAUUAACCUUAGAAAAUUAAUGGUAACAACAAAACAGAGACGUUUGCAAGAGAAUGGUAUAUGUUGCCUAAGUUCUCUUCGGAUUUUGGCCUUCUUUGAAUGUGAAAAUUUAGAAAAAUUGUGUGAAGACAUUCAAAACUUUACAGCCCUCCGAGAAUUGUACAUCGAAGAAUGCAACAACUUGGUUUCAUUGCCACAAGGUUUAAAAUACCUAACUACAUUAGAAAAUUUGGCAAUUGUAAAUUGUGAAAAGCUUGAUCUUACUAUGGAGGAGUUGGAACUUGAGAGGAAAGAAGAUGGUAGCCUUCGAAAAUUGUGGAUUGGAGGAGUGCCAAAGCUGGAGUCACUACCCCAAUGGAUCCUUCUAGGAUCCACCAAAACUUUGCAGCACUUGUAUAUUGGAGAAUUGGAGAAUGUAUCGAGGUUACCAACGUGGUUCCAAGAUCUCACAUCCCUUCAAAGUCUUUACAUUAAAAAUUGCCCAAAACUGUCGUCUCUGGCAGAAGGGAUGCAACACCUCACUGCACUCAAAAGACUAAUGAUUGGAGGGUGUCCAAAAUUAAGCAAAAGAUGCAUUGAAGAAACCGGUGAAGACUGGCCUAAGAUUGCUCAUGUCGUUGACAUUAUUGUGGAGUCUUGAAGGCCUCAAUAACAUAUGAUGAAAAGAUAAUGUCAAAUUUGAUGAUGUUGAAGAUAUUAAAAGACAAUGAUAUGGUAGAGUUUGAAUUGUUGGUUCCAAUGUAUAUAUGUUUGUAAUUUGAUUUGUAUCAAAGAAAAUGAUGUAAUAAUUUUAUUUUUUAUGUGUGUAAGUGUAAUCAUGCUUCUUAUUUAUUUUGUUAUAAAUAAAUACACUCAAAAAGUUUUGUUGCUACUAAAAA